AUGGCGCCCCUGACCAUUGCAUCGCGCGCCCUCGCGCGGGAGGUUGCAUCUCGAUCCUUCCAGACCACCGCCGUGCGCGCCAUCUCGACCUCGACUGCGCUCAAUGCUGCCGGUUCCUACUCGAGCCCCUUCAAGGGCGAGCAGAAGUCCACCCAGGUCCCCGACUUCGGAAAGUACGCCUCCAAGGGCAGCUGGAACACCAACUCGCUCGUCAGCUACUUCAUGGUCGGUACCAUGGGUGCCAUCACCGCCGCCGGUGCCAAGUCUACAGUCCAAGAGUUCCUGAAGAACAUGUCAGCAUCCGCCGACGUUUUGGCCAUGGCCAAGGUUGAGGUCGACUUGAACGCCAUCCCUGAGGGCAAGAACGUCAUCAUCAAGUGGCGUGGCAAGCCCGUCUUCAUCCGACACCGUACAGAAUCCGAGAUCGAGGAGGCCAACAAGGUCGAGGUCUCCUCAUUAAGAGAUCCCCAGACCGACGAGGACCGUGUCCAGAAGCCUGAGUGGUUGGUCAUGUUGGGUGUCUGCACGCACUUGGGUUGUGUACCCAUCGGCGAGGCUGGUGACUUUGGUGGUUGGUUCUGCCCUUGCCACGGUUCUCACUACGAUAUCUCCGGACGUAUUAGGAAAGGACCUGCUCCUCUCAACCUCGAGAUCCCUGCCUACGAAUUCCCCGAGGAGAACAGCCUGGUGAUUGGUUAA